GUUGUCAACAGUUAAACGACAUUCGACCGUUAGAAGUUAGAGUGGUGUUUUGUGUGACGAGUGCGAUAUUUAGCAAAGAUUUGCUCUAAAAAAAAGUAACUAAAAAGUGCUAAUUUUAUAAUAUAAUUAAAGUUGCUUUUGCUGCUAUUCACUAGAGAAAAAAAUUUCAUAAAUUUGACUGAGUCAAAGUCGUAAAAGUGUAUAGUAUAUCUUUUGUUAUAUAGCAGUAGAAGCAAGAGUCGGCUUUUGCUUGCUAAAAUAACGCGCGAAAAAGUGUAUUAAAAUCUACAAAUAUAUAAGGAAAGCUGUGCUUUUUCUUUAUCAUUAUUAUAAAAAAAGAAGAGAUUUUAUUAUAUCCAAACAAAAUGUCAAGUCCAAGAAAAAGUUACGGAUCAAGCGAAAUUCGCGAGGGAACAAGAUUUGUCUUAAAGGAAAUUACUGCCUCUCUUCAUAAUUCACAGACAUCUCCUCGUACAAGUGGAAACGAUUCAGCACUUCAAAAAUCACCAGAACAUGCGGUGAAGGUGCAAUUUGCGCGGGAAUUUGCGGACGUGAAAAAAACAACAUCCCCAACGACAGAGAGUCUUUCAUCGGCCGGUAGUUUUCAAAGUUUAUCAUCUACAUUAAGUUCAAAAAGUAGUAGUGGCAUAUGUGCAGAUCAUUUGCCUGAGAGUCCAUUAGGAAAAAGUGCAAACACAUCUUAUAUUAAUUCUGAUAUUCCUGGUUUAGAUGAUUUAAUUUCUGCUUGCGCUGAUAUAAAAAUAACAAAUGAAAAUGUCCCACUUGGUAUUGGUGAUUUAAGUCAAGAUCAAACAUUUUCAUCGGCUUGUGGUGAUCUUUCAAUUAUUGAAGAAAAAAGCAACGACUAUUUUCAAGAAAAAGAAGAAAACAAUUUUAAAAUAAUUAAUAAUGAAAGUGAAUUAAAAAUUCCUGAUUCUUCAAUUUUUUAUCCGCCGGAAAAUAUUUCACAACAAUUUUCAAUAGAAAAUUUCUCCUCAAUUAUACCAAUUGUUUCAUCCGAUGAAAGUAUUGUUAAAAGUCACGAUCUAAAUAAUAUAGAUAAGAAAUCAUUAGUUUUUUCAACAGCUCUUGAUUUUCAAAAUUUACAAGGAUUUACACCGAAAAUUGUCAUUGAUGAUAAACCAAAUAUAGAAAUAAAUGUCCCACAAAAUGAAAGUAUUGAACAUGUGAAUUCAAUUACAGAAUUUGGUUUUAAUGCAUCUAUAGAGAGUCAAAAGAAUAUUUCUUUAAUUGAUACAAAUAAUAUUUCUGCUUUAGAUACAUCUCAGUUGCCAUCAGUUACGAAUAUUUUGAAUUUAACACAUCCAAGUGAAAAUAAUUUACCUCAUUUAGAAACAAUAAAAGUUGUCGAAGAAAGUCCAAAAAUUUCCAACGAUAGUGAAAAAAUUACUAUUGAAGAAUUUUCAAUUAUUGCCGAAGAAAAUAUCAAAAUUAACGAAGAAAUUCCACUUAAUUUAUCAGAAAAUUUUCUAAUUCUUGAAAAAGUCCCAGAAGAAAGCAACAUCAAAAUUAACGAAGAAAUUGUAAUUAAUUCACUCGAACAAAUUAAUAAAGUUGUUGAUGAAAUUCCAGUUGAAUUAGAAAAUUGUUUAAAACUUGCCGAUGAAAUUGUAGACAAUUUAGAAAAGAAUAAAGAAAUUCCCAUUGAAUCAGAAAAUUGUCUAAAACUUACAGAGGAAAUUACAGUCAAUUUAGAAGAGAAUAAAGAAAUUGAAUUAGAAAAUUGUCCAAAAUUAAUUGCCGAAGAAAUUAUAGACAAUUUAGAACAGAAUAAAGAAAUUCCCAUUGAAUCAGAAAAUUGUCUAAAUAUUACAAAGGAAAUUAUUGACAAUUUAGAAGAAAAUAAAGAAAUUUUAAAUAAUUCCAAAGAAAUUGUUGAAAAAAUUUCCGAUAAUUCUGAAGAAAAUGCAUUAAAUUCAACAUUUGGAAUUAUAAUAAAUGAAGAUUUAAAAUCACCAAUUUCAGAAUUUAUCAAUAAAAUUAACGUCACUCCAAAUCAUUCACUGGAUGAUGAAAAUAUUCAAAAAAUUUCACAUUCUGAAACUGAAAAAAAGAAAUCACCAACACUACAAUCAAUUUUGGACAAAGUUGCCGAACAACAAAAAUCAUUAGACGAUAUUGAAUUAUCAAAUAAUAAUUUGCAAUUAGAAAAAUCAUCUGAAGAAAUUUCCAAUAAACGAAAUUUUCAUCUUUCAACAAUAAUUGAAUCGCCACAAAAUUUUCCAUCUCCUCAACAAGAAAAAAAUUUCCCUAAUAACACAAUUAUCCUAUCGUCUGAGAAAUCACAAAAAUCAAAUUCUUUUGAAAAAUUAUUGUCAGAUGCAAAUAAUGAUACAGUUGAUUCAUCGUCGGAAAUUGUUUUUCUAAAACAACAAACAAGUCUUGAAUCAACAAUUAUUACAAUCAAUGGAAAUAAUAGUGCAAAAUUAACACCAUUAUCUAAUGAUAAAAUUAUUGAUGAUAAUUUGAAAAAUUCAUCUCUAAUAAAGGAAAAAGAAGAAAGUCCAAAAAAAGAAUUUGAAUCAUUGGAACAAACUGAAACACCGAAACGUCCAACAGAGAGAAGUAAAAUAAUUGAAACAGCUAAAAAAAUACAGGAGGAUAUUAAAAGAACUGAAAAAAGAAAAUUCGAGGAAUCAAAAGACGUUUUACCGGAACUUGAUUCGACAAUUAUUUUAGAAAAUUCAGAAAUUGAUCUUGAAGCAUCAGAUAUUAUUAUUCCUGUUCCACAAGACGAUAAUUACGAUACAUUCAAACCACAAAAACAAAGUACCGAUCUUGUAAAUAUUCCAAAUUUUUCAUUAUUUGAUAAAGUUGAAUUGGAAGCACAAGCCGUUGCUCAAGAUAUUUAUAAUAAAUCACUGGAAAUUGCUGAUGAUAACGAUCACUUUAUAAGUGCCACCAGUGAUUUAUUUCAAGAUCCUACGAGUUUCGAUUUUCUAUUAAGUCAAGGAUCGAAUACAAAGUCACGUGACGUGAGAUUUGAAUCUUUAUAUGUCAAGUUCGAUCCAUUAAUAAAUAACAGUAUGUUACCUCAAGGAAAUAGUCAAACUGAAGACGAGGAACAAAAUGAAAAAAAUGAAACUCCAACAAUGCCGAGUGUAGACACGCCAAUGCGUAAUCCUGCUAUUGCCGCAAUCGAUAGACUUCUUUUCUUCAGUCCAAUAACGACUGGAAAUAAAACCGAAGCCACAAAGGACAUAAAGCAGGAGACGAGUGAAACAGCUCCACAAGAAAAUCCAGUCGUUGUCGAUGAGAAAAUGGCAAAAGAAUUGGAACACGUGAGAUUAUUGGUAGUGGAACAUGAGGAGAAACUCGAAAAAAACCAAAAAGAUCGCGAGGACGAUAAAAGAAAAUAUCAAAAAGAAAUGAAAAAGCAACAAGACGAUUAUCGAAAUUUGGAAGAGAAAUACAGAAAAUUAGAGGAACAACACACACAAGAACUUGAAAGCAAAAAACAAGUGACAGUUGUGCUCGACGAGUACGAAAGAUCGAUAAGUAGGCUUGUCGCCGAGAGAGAAAGAGAUCGAACAGAAUUAGAGGAGAAAGAAAAAUUAAAAGAAGAAUUACAAACAGCAACACAACAUCUCAGCAAUACGGAAGCUGCUUUUAAUGAUGUUCAUCAAAAAUACGAGCGUGCAAAAAAUGUCAUUGCUGCAUACAAAAGUAACGAAACAGUUCUCAAGGAAAGUCAUAAAGAAAAUUUAGAAACAAUUGCAAUGUUGGAGAAAAAAUACGAUACACUCAAGGGUCAUGCAAUGGCACAACUUGAAAAAGCAAAUCAAGAGCUGGAGACAAUUCAAAAGCAACACGAAGCAGAAAAUGUUAAAUUGCAGGCAAUGUUAAAAAAAGCUGAAUUAAAAAGUAAAUCGCUUGCAGAUCAAGUGGAACAAAAGACUAUAGAGAAUAAAGAAUUAACAAAAAUUUUAGAUGAAGUCAUAGCCAGGGUUGGCAAUAAAAAUAAAGAUUAAAAACAUUCGAAAAAAAGACUAAAAAAAAUAUAAUAAUAAUAAUAAUUAAUAAGAAAUAAUAAUAAUAAUAAGAGUGUGUCUCAAGGUGAUUUAAAACCAUUAUUUUUUUACUCGAUGGUAUUUUUACCCCCGUGAAAAACAUGACACCAGAUGUGUAAUAUUAUAAUGUGAAAAAUAUUAUAUAUUGUUUAUAAAUUUUUAUUAAUUUUUCGAGAAAAAAAAAAAGAAAGCAACUUUUUAUUAAUUUAUACGUUUAAGUUGUAAAAUAAACUAUUUUAUCGCUAAUAAAAUGUGGCUUAUUAAAAAG